UCGUCUAGCGGACCCUAUCCCGGAAGUGUCAGAGGCAGCUCCUAUCGACCUCCUCAUUGGCUCCGAUUACUAUGGCCACAUCAUCCAGCAGGCUCGAAUCACCCUGUCCUCUGGUCUCUUCCUUCUCUAAUCUCGACUUGGAUAUGUCUUGACCGGCCUCCAACCUGCCGCGGCCGACAGUUCCCAGACAGCGCUACUCUGCCACACUUCCAUGAACCAAGCUUUGAGCCAGUUGAACGUGUUCCAUCCAGCAAGCAGUGCCGCACCGACCCCAGAUAUCACCGACAUGUGGUGUCUCGACCGUAUCGGCAUUCACGAUUCGCCAAAGGUCACGGCUGACGACCUGGCUCUGAAGCACUUCCAGGAUCACGUCCGUAUUGUCGAUGGUCGCUACGAGGUGGCAUGGCCGUGGAAGGCCACACCACCUGACCUCCCCACCAACUACGGCUUGGCAAUCGGCCGUUUAUCGAGUCUGUGCCGCCGCCUCUCUGCCGAUCCUGAUCUACUUCACAAGUAUGACACAGUCAUGAAGUCACAGACUGACCUGGGCGUCAUUGAGGAAGUCACCGAGCAGUCCACGAUUGGUCCUGUUCAGCACUACCUACCCCACCAGCCUGUCGUUACGCCAUCGAAGGCAACAACCAAGCUGCGUAUCGUGUAUGACGCUUCUGCUAAAAGUUCGAAACGGUCCAACAGCUUGAACGACUCAAUGUACCGAGGCCCUAUCCGACUACCCAACCUCUGUGGCAUGCUCCUCCGCUUCCGUUGCCAUGACGUUGUGAUGCUAGCUGACAUCGAGAAAGCUUUCUUACAACUCAGCAUCCGUCCAGAGGAUCGAGACGUCACCCGGUUCCUGUGGCUGAAAGACGUAGCCCGUCCCACGCCCACUGAGGACAACCUCGCUGUAUACUGUUUCUGUCGCAUGCCGUUCGGUGUCAUCGCUAGCCCCUUCCUGUUGGAAGCAACGGUUCGGCACCAUCUACGCAGUCAUCCGUCAGCCUUGUCCACCAUGAUUGCCGACAACAUCUAUGUGGAUAACAUCAUCAUCGGUAUUGAUGACCACACUGAUUCUACCACUGUCUACCGUCAGUCCAAGGACCUGUUUGCCAAAGCUUCCAUGAACCUGCGCGAAUGGACGAGCAACUCUGCAGAGGUCCGCGCCGCUCUACCACAGCAGGACCGAGUCCAGGCCCGUCACGUCAAAGUUCUUGGUCUCUCCUGGGACACCCAAGCUGAUCAACUUACGAUCCCGAGCAGUAAGACGCUGCGGGUGCCAUCCACCCCGGAUUCCCCCGUGACCAAGCGGAUUGUCUUGUGUGGUCUCUCCAGCUUGUACGACCCCCUUGGCCUUGUGCUGCCUAUCACGUUGCGUGCACGCCUCCUGCUACGCCAGAUUUGGCAGUCUCAACUCGACUGGGACUCGCCGCUUCCUGAAUCGCUUGCCGAGCAAUGGUUGGAGAUUUCUGCCAUGAUGUCUGAUGUCUCGUCUCUGGCUAUCCCUCGACUCUAUGGCCCAGUCACGGCUGCUGUCGACAUCCAACUCCAUGUCUUCACCGAUGCUUCGAUGGAUGCGUACGCUGCAGCUGCCUUUCUCCGGGUGACGACUGCCGGCAAGCACUACGCCAGUCUCAUCUUCAGUAAGUUGCGCCUUGCCCCAACGUCCAAAUCCCAGAGCGGUGAGUCCCUGUCCAUACCGCGUUUGGAACUGAUGGGCGUUGUGAUCGGUGCCCGUCUGGCAGUCUUCCUACUCGAGCAGCUCCACGUCCGUAUCUCCUCGACAACGCUAUGGACCGACUCCAAGUGUGUCCUACAUUGGUUGGCAUCAACGCGGGAUCUGGCGCUGUUUGUGCAGAACCGCAUUGCCGAGCUACGCUCCCACAAGUCAUUGGCAUACCGCUAUGUCCCGACCUCCGCCAAUCCUGCUGACUUGGCAACACGUCCCCGCAGCGUGCAAGACCUGGCGAAGGAUGCCCUCUGGUGGCAUGGACCGCCCUGGCUUCAAGGACCUGACUCGCACUGGCCUCUCCGAGAAAGUCUUCACCUCACGCCCGAAACACUGCAACAAAUCGCUGCUGAGUUGCGUGGCUCCAAUGUCCUCCAUAGUGUCACUCUUGCUGCCGCUGAUACAACACCGCCAAUGCCUGCAGCUGAUGUUCUCACUGUGCUAGUCGACCGCACGUCUCGUCUUGAACGACUCGUUCAUAUCGUGUUCUACUGCUGCCGGUUCAUUCAGCUCAAACUGUGGGCUUCACUUACAAGUGAACGACGGACCGCGCUCCACAAGUCUCAUCCGCUACUGAGAACCCUGUUGCAAGCGCUCAUUAAGACACCAGCACUUACCGCUACAACACGGCGCCUCAUCCUGUGCCUCCUUGUCCGGUCGGCCCAACAGCAGUGCUUCACAUCCGUGUUCAACAGCAUCGCGAAAGGCACCAGAUGUCCCCUCCAGCAACAGCUUGGUUUGACGAUUGACACGUUCGUCAUCAUUCGGUGCCACGGCAGAGUGAAACCCGCCUCCGAUACCGCUGAUGCUCCGCAGGCUCUGCUUCCACCUGGUCAUCGGCUCACGCAUCUCAUUGUCAUGGAUGUACACUGCCGCCUGCUUCAUGUCGGGACAACUCACACUCUAGCUCAGCUACGCCUCUACUUCUUGCUACCUCGAGGCCGGGAAACCGUGCGAGCUAUCAUUCGCCGGUGUGUGACAUGCCGUCGACACGAAGGUUCCCCAUUCAAGCUCCCAUUACCACCUCCCUUACCGAAGGAACGCGUGGCCAGAGCAGCACCGUUCGAGUUCGUUGGCCUAGACUACUUCGGUCCGCUCCUGACGCGCAGCUCGGAUGGUGUGGUCACCAAGGUAUGGGUAUACCUCUACACCUGUUUUGCUGUGCGUGCUGUGCAUUUGGAGUGUGUCCUUGACAUGUCCACGGAUCACUUCAUCGCAAGCCUACGCCGCUUCAUAGCUAGGCGCGGCGUGCCCCGUCUGUUGUACUCCGACAAUGCAUCGCAGUUCAAACUAGCAUCGUCUGUGUUGGAUGAAGCUUGGAGUGAUGCUACAUCCGAUCCCAUGGUGCAAGACUACCUGACUAACCACGACAUUGUGUGGAAGUUUACUACAGCUUUGGCACCAUGGCAAGGUGGGCUGUACGAGCGCAUGGUCGGACUCGUGAAGAGGUCUUUGCGGAAAUCCAUCGGACGGCAACUCCUGACCGUCAACCAGCUAACCACCGUGUCCACCUCACUUGUUCUUCUCCUCAAUCCUGAUGAUGGCUCCUGGCCGAAAUUUUGA